UAAUUUUAGUGAGAGAGAUGUGUUUCCUAUUUGAUUCAGCGAAUGGAUGACAGAAGCUUUCAAAACCCUUUUAAAGAUUGGACGUUAGACGAGAAUGCAACAGAAGACGUUUGUAUCAAGAGGGCUAAAGUAGACAUAAAAGGGUUGUUGGACACAUAUAAAGAGAAGUUCAAAGAGAAAUACCAUGAACUGCUGGAGAAAGUAAAAAGAGGAAUAGAAUCUGAAGAUAAGGGAGACUACUCAGUGUACACAGGGUCAGCAGGAAUAGCUUUACUUUACCUUCAUCUGUAUGAAAUCAGUCCUAACAAGGGAGAUGACUCCCUGCUCCACACAUCACUGGAUUACAUCAGGGGGCACCUAGGGCACCUGAAGGGGAGGAGAUUGACCUUUCUGUGCGGUGAUGCAGGACCUCUAGCUCUGGCUACUGUGAUCUACUCUCUUCUGGGCCAGCACUCACAAUCUCAGAAAUAUCUCAAAAGGUUGAUAGAUCUGAGUGAGGAUGUUAUAGCAGACAAACACUUACCUGAUGAGCUCCUCUAUGGUAGAGUAGGAUAUGUGUUUUCUCUCCUGUUUGUACAAAAGAAGCUUGGGGAAGAAGUGAUUGACAAAGCUCUUCUGAAGAGGUUGACAAUGACUGUGCUAAAGUCAGGUAAAGAUUUAGCCAAACAAGAAGGCUUUAAACAUCCCCUGAUGUACCAGUGGCAUGAGAAAUACUACCUAGGAGCUGCUCACGGAUUGGCUGGAAUCCUCUAUAUAUUGUUUCAGAUCAAGGAUCCAGCCCUACAAUCUGAGAUAGAUUCCCUGGUUAGACCCUCUGUGGACUUUAUGCUGUCUCUCCAGUUUCCCUCAGGAAACACCCCCUCUUCGCUAGGGAGCAGCACCGGAGACAAGCUUGUUCACUGGUGCCACGGAGCCCCUGGGUGGAUCUACAUGUUUAUUCAGGCUUACAAGGUGAGUGAAAUGUAGCCUGUGGGUGGAUCUAAGUUUUUUUCAGCAAAUAUCUAACACUGUGCAGAUGUUAUCUGGUCACGCGGACUCUUAAAGAAAGGUUACGGCUUGUGCCAUGGAACUGCAGGAAAUGGUUAUGCAUUCCUAGCCAUGUAUAAAGUGACAGGAGAAGAGCUCUACUUACAUAGGGCUAUAAAGUUUGCUGAGUGGUGCUGUGAUUAUGGAAAACAUGGCUGUAGAAUCCCAGACACACCUUAUUCUCUCUUUGAAGGCAUGGCUGGGACUACUUAUUUCUUGUCGGAUAUUUUGAAUCCAGAAAAUGCGUAUUUCCCAGCAUUUGAGUUAACAUAAUGUUAUAGAGGACAUCUUUUUUUUCAUUUUCAUUUUCUUUGUAUGUCUUUCAUACUAACAUCAUUUAUUGAAAAAUAAAGACUUAAGUAACUAA